AUGGGCUCCAACGAUGAGAAUUCUCGCACGAGAUACUAUAUUCUUGCCCUAUCUACCGUAUGCCUCACUUUGACAUGUGCCAAUUCACUUAUUCUCAAUUUCACGAUUAUUUGUAUGGAUGAUGUGGAGGAGGGGUUGAGGCAGACACCGUACUCCCCAAAUCAUACUGUGGACGAUCCGAAUAUGCAUUGGCUGGACUCUCCGUCUCGAAAGAAUCUCCUCUUCUCUGCUGUCGCUUUUGGAACAUUAUUAGGCACGGCUCCCCUUAUGCAAAUUAUGCAACGAUACGGUACCAGAAUUUCGUUCACAGCGUACGGUCUCCUCUCAGCCAUAGCCACCCUAUUACUCCCGGUGUCGGUGGAUUUUGGUGGUUUUUGGGCUGUGGCUGCGAUCAGAACCCUACAGGGAGCCGCGAUCGCGAUCAACUACCCGUUAUUGGGUAGUAUUUCGGAGGCAUGGAGUCCUUUGGAUCAGAGUUCUUUCUAUAUCUCCAUAUUAUCAUGCCAUUUGCAGUUCGCGGCGAUGGUGGCAAUGCCAGUAUCGGGUGGAUUAUGUGAUACCUCAUUUGGAUGGAGAUCUGUGUAUUAUUUGAUGGGUACUGUAUCACUCGUCUUCUUCUUGAUAUAUGCCAAAUAUUAUACGAAUAAGCCGGCCAUGCAUAGGAAAGUAUCAGCCAAAGAAUUGACGCAUAUCCAAAGCGGGAAAGAAAUCAACGAAGGCCGUCAACCUGUGCCCUACAAAGCAAUACUCACUACACCCGUCAUUUUAGGGUUUUUGAGCGCGUCAAUUGGCGGAAACGGUGGCUUCCAAAUGUUUUUCCAAUACGGGCCCACCUAUAUGAAUAAGGCGAUGGGAAUGGAGGUGGCAUCGACUGGAUGGGCUACCGCUUUUCCGUAUUUAUUGUCGUUUAUUGUGAAGUCAAUUGCGGGUCCCCUCUCCGACAAGACGACAUUUAUUGGAGAGACAGCGAAGAUCAUCCUCUUCACAUCUCUUUCUCAAGGAAUUAUGACGACCUGCAUCAUUGCCCUGGCUAUGACGACGUCCCUCUCGACAGCUCAAUUAUGUUAUACGAUGGCCAUCGCGGCGAGUGGUCUCAAUAUUAUUGGGAUUAUUAGAUGUGCACAAUUGGUAGCCCGUCAACAUGUCCAUUUCCUGAUGGCCGUCGUCACGUUGAUCAAUUGUAUUCUGGUGCUGUUCAUCCCUGUAUUUGUCGCAUUUAUGGCACCCGACAAUACUGUGGAACAGUGGUCGCGUAUCUUCUACGUAGUGGCUGGAGUGGUGAUAUUGUCAAAUAUCUAUUUCCUCUUCACAGCUGAUUCGAGACCGGCUGAAUGGACAAGGGCCGAUUGGGGCAACCCAUCCGCCUCAAUGCCAAAAGUGUCAACAAUUAAUGGGCCGCAAAUGCCGAAUCUAUCGAGUCGAGAUUCUGUUUUAUGGUCGGAUACAAAAGAUGCAUUCCCGGGAUUCGGUCACUCUCCUUCCUCCUCCUCAUCUCCAGCUGACAAUCAACGUCUUCAGAAUGUAUUGGCAUUCCGCAACGAGAAAGUACUA